CUCGCCUCUGCCACGUUUCAACAUCUGUUCGUCCACUCCCCCUCUCUAGGCCGAGCAGCGGUAAUCAAGCUGAAAUCCCUCGCCUGUCUCUCGUUCAGACCAGGUCCCAUACGGAGCCUGUAUCUCGUACACCAACAAGUGAGUUGGCUGCCCGUCAGCUUGCCGCUACUCACGCUAGUGCAACCAAACGAGGGCUAGCAUCCUUUUUCCGUUACUCCGGUUCGAGCCAUGCCAGAGGAAUCCCAGAAGAGAAAGCGGGCCAAGACUGGCUGCUUGACCUGUCGUGCCCGUAAAGUCAAGUGCGACGAGACCCGGCCGCGGUGCAUCCACUGCGGAAAUCUUGGGGUGGAGUGCCGCUGGCCCGAACCUACAAUCAAACGUUUCUGUCGUGUCUCAACGCCGUCUUGCAACACACAGGGCCCUCAAUCCAUCGCUACGGGAGGUCCCCGAUUGUCUGCAUGCUUCUCUUGUCGUUAUGCCCGCUCGAAGUGCUCCAAAGAUCGACCGAUAUGCGCCCGCUGCCGUGCUCAAGGACACGAGUGCAAGUAUCCCGAGCCCCAGGGGUCCCACUCUCUCACAUCCUCGGCGCAGUCCUGGAUGAGGAGACUCCAAACGGCGGAGCUGGGCAACUCCGCCGAGCUCUCGCGUCCAAGAGCCCUCACCAGCCUCACUAACUCACCAGAACCAGAGUCUACAACACAUCCCAAGACUACUGAUGGUCAACGGCCGGCAAUGCGGCCAGUCGAUACCAGUCCCCCAGAGACGUCUGAUAGGCUAGACGAUGUUGUCUCCGCUCCUUGUGGAAGCCAGUCAUCCCCACCACAAGCUGCAGCAGGUGCCGUCGUGAGGCUGGGCCCUUGCAGGAGCAUUCUACCCAGCCAAGAUAGUAUUGAGCGUCUUGCUGUCGCUUUCUUCCGACACGUCCAUGUAUACCGGGCGAAUGCCUUUCUGCAUAGGGAUCAGACUCUGAUGGCUAUUCGUGACGGCACACUCGGUACCCCGGUCGUCCUGGCCCUGUGUGCCGUCGGGGCGCGCUUCACCACUCCGCCCCAACCAGACGACGUGGUCAUCAGCUGGGCCACCGAAGCGGCCAACUGGGUCACAACAGCGACCGAGGUCUCACGAAAUCACGUUGUGGUCGCCCUUUUGCUCGCUAUCUACAUGCAGCAAGCUGGUCGAUUUGCCCAAUCUCAUCUUUGGUCAUCCAUUGCCAAUAGCCACGCAGUAAGUCUGGGUCUUCAUCGCGAGCCCUCACCCGGCACCUCUUCUUUUGUUGAAAGUGAACGCGACCGGCGCCUGUUUUUCGCCUGCUAUGCCAUUGGCCGUUUUAUAUCCAAUGGAGCUCCAGAGACAAUUCAAUGCCCUGCGUCCCGUAUCAAAUUGCGGCUGCCAUGUGACGGCUUUAAUUAUCGCCACGACGUGAGCAUCGAGACGCCUUAUGCGACGCUCGAGUCAGACGAGCCAGAGACCCCCGGCCCAAAAGAAAUGCAGCGGAAUGUUGGGGCCAUGGGAUUUUGGGUGCGACUUGUGAGCGUGAGAAUGAAAAUUAAGCGCUACUUCCAUUCCCUGACGGAAGACAAGGAAGAACGACGCACACAUCACCAACCUAGUGCCAUUGGCCCGGCACUUGCCCCAUGGGGUGCUUCCUCCCCAUUCGCGGUGUGUUUGGCACAGUUGGCCUCCCUGUCCGAGUCUUUGCCCCCGCGGCUGCAGCUCUCCCCCGAGUUGGUGCGUCGACAACACGAUGCGCCUGUUUUGGGUCAGAUUGUCAUGUUUUAUCUCUGGUGGAACGAAUGCCACCUAGAGCUUUACAGCAUCGCUCUUCACGGAUAUCCCCAGUCCCUAGAUCCGACGGUCAUGUCAACCGCGCCUGCUGGCUGGAUUGACCAGGCCCGUCACAACUGCUUGCGGUACGCCCAGGCUAUCACGGAUGUUUUAGAACUCGUGGACCGGGAAAUGCCUCGCCAGCCGUUGACUAUCUCUGAUCACACUAUUGCGCACGUGGUUUAUUUGUCUGUACGGGUACAAUUGGAGCUCCUGAUGCCGACACUCAAGGAUGGCGGGAUGCGUCUUGAAUUAGAGAAGAAAUUCGACAUGAUGCUGAGGUUCAUACAAAGAACAAGUAGAUACUUCCAUCAAGUGUCCUUGGUCGUAAGUCUUGCCCCUCGUGUCAGCUGUCAGAUGCUGAGAAGGUGCCCGGGAGAUCUGACAUUUUACAUGCCGCAGCUUCAGGAGAUGCGCCGUAUGUUAGCAUGCCACGAGCUUGCCUUGGGAACUUUCGAGAGCGAGGAUGCAAAUUCUCAGACUGCCUCUUUGCCUUGGUUCUGCCGUCAAAAGGCGCUGGACUCCAGACGAGCAGCCGAGCAAGCUGAUCUAAGUGCAACACACCUCGAAGCAAAUCUCGCUGAAAUUCUGCCUGAUUGUAUCCCCUUUGGCACUAUGUCUUGGGUUCGCGGGUACGACGCCGAUGAUUCUUGCCGACUUCCCGAAACAGCAGAAGCAUCGUGGGAUAUCUUGCCCAAUCUGUGGAUGGGAGGCUCGCACACUGGGCAAACAAAUAACAACCUUGUUACAGCUAUGACUGAUUUCAGCAGCCUCAGUAUAUUCAAUUCCUGGGAACGGAUGGAUCCUCGCGGGACUGGAUCUCGAUUUGAUCCACUGCUUCCUAAUUCCUCGUUCGCGCAUUCCAAUGCAACGGGGCCCUGUGGAAAUUCAAACGUCAUUUCUUCGGACGCUUCCUUCUUUUUGAAUUCAUUGGACACGUAGGCUGUACUCGGUAUUCAAACAUGAACCUAGCAGCCUGUGAAUUUGAAUCCCAUUCAAAUUAAGAAUUUUGACAAAGGGAAUACCAUUGAUGUAUCAUCAUCUCAGAGCUGUCUGAGUAAGCUUUCUAUAGUGAUGAGGGAAAGCACCCUUAGACGUCUCUCAAUGAACUCC